AUGGAACUAAGGAUUUUGGCAUUGCUGGUAAUAGCUGGUGCUUACGCGGAGCCUGGCUACGAUCCUGCCAAUCGGAAUGGAGAGCUUGACAACGUGGACGGCAUUAUUGAUGUGGAGGCAACGGAUUCACUGGAGCACGGAGCAGCCGGCAAGCAGCUGAGAGCGGGCAAACCUUCGGCCAGAUACAGUGACUACGAUUAUUAUACGCCUGGUAGGCGCAUAAAUGACAAUUCUCCGGCUGACAACGACUUGAGCGCCUCAUCAGCGAUUCGUGUACCUGGCGGAGAACAGAAUUUGGCACAUUUUCGUCGACCGGCCGAUGAACUGGCCGCCAAGCCGUUGCCCUGGUAUGGCCAAUACUCAGGCAAGUCCCUUGCCAUGUACCCAUCCAGGUCGUAUGAUCCCUAUAUUAGGCGCUAUGACAGAUUUGAUGAGCAGUAUUAUCGCGCCUAUCCGCAAUACUUUGAGGACAUGUACGUGCAUCGGCAGCGCUAUGAUCCCUACGACAGCUACAGUCCCCGUGUGCCGCAAUAUCCUGAACCCUAUCUCAUGUACCCGGAUCGCCAGCUGGACACGCCGCCACCAAGGGACUACAUGAAAUCCCGACGCGGCUACCUCGACGAUACGCUGCCAAUGCCGCCCGUUCUCGACUCCUACAGCAACAAAUACGCCUCGGCCAAGCUGCCGCAACAGCUGAUGUCGCCCCGCCACGAGAGAGUCGUCUACUAUGCCCACCUGCCCGAAAUUGUGCGUACCCCCUACGACCUGGGCGGCAGCCGUACGGAUCGAAAUGGGGCCGCGGCCCUUGUUGCCCAGCCCGUGUCGUAUAAACAGAAUAAAAAGAAAUUGAAAAGCCUGCCACGAGCUGACAAUUCAACCAACUAUAAGCAAAUGUUUUAG